CACCCAAUCAUCACUCUCUCUUGCUAGGAUCGAUCCUAUCUCGUCAACGAUUGUCGUUUUUACUCUUUAAAACCCUUCAAUCCCCAAACCUCACACUCCAAUUCCACAGAGACCCCAAAUCCACAACGUCAUUGAGAGGGUUUUAAACAAUUAGGGUUUCUCAUAUUCAAAAAAAAAAAACAAUUAGGGUUUCUGCUGGGAAGGAGAGAGAGAAAUUGGAGCAGUGUCUGUACUCGUCAUUCAAUGGAAGCCGCGGCCGGUGGUGUUUCCGCCGCUGCACGUGGUGUAUCUCUGCCGAUGACCUCAUCUCAAGCUUCCCGUAAAGAGUGGCGGGUUGUUUCCGAACAAUCGAUUCGAAAUUCCGGCAACGAGCUAGGGCCAGCGGAUGAGCGACUGAUAUAUGAGGUGCAUCAAGGAAGGGAACCGAUUGGUAUCGAUUUCAGUUCGAUACCAACUGACGGAAGCUUGGACAAUGAUGUAUUGGAGCAAAGACUUCACAGUGUGAUGAGACAGAGGGAGGAGUUGCUACACAUGGAGAUUGAGCUGAAAGCUCGGCUCAUUGCGAGAUUACAGAUUAUGGAGAUGCAGAAUACCUACGAUGCUCAGAUCAAAGAGCAUGCAGAUGCCAAUGUCAAGCUUCAGGAGCAUCUUCAUGAAAGGGAAAACACUCUAAAAGAAUUGGAAAGGAAGAUUGAAGAAAAAGAAAGAGAGCUGAAUGCAAUUAGAUUAGCCAAUGAAGCGGCAUGGGCUAAAGAGGAUCUUCUCAGAGAACAGAACAAAGAACUGGCAACCUUUCGGAGAGAGCGUGACAACUCGGAAGCUGAAAGAGCCCAGCAUCUUAAACAGAUGCACGAUCUUCAGGAACAUAUUCAAGAAAAGGAGAGGCAAUUCAUGGAGUUGCAGGAACAGGUUUGUUGA